GGAGUUUGAUUGUUUGAGCAAACUUUUCAGCAGGACCGCUUGCCUCCUUUCCCUCUGCGGUGACGGAUACGGGCAAAAGGAGUUGAAAAGACUCUCUUCAUUUUCAGCUUGAAGCCAAGGUCCAGACCGAGCCGUCGCCAUGUCUAGCAAACGUGCCAAGGGAAAGACCACCAAGAAGCGGCCACAGAGGGCCACCUCCAAUGUCUUUGCCAUGUUUGACCAGUCCCAGAUCCAGGAGUUCAAAGAGGCGUUCAACAUGAUCGACCAGAACAGGGACGGUUUCAUCGACAAGGAGGAUCUGCAUGACAUGCUGGCCUCUUUGGGCAAGAACCCGUCGGAUGAAUACCUUGAGGGAAUGAUGAACGAGGCUCCGGGGCCCAUUAACUUCACCAUGUUCCUCACAAUGUUUGGCGAGCGGCUCAACGGGACGGACCCCGAGGACGUCAUCCGCAACGCCUUCGCCUGCUUCGACGAGGAGGGAUCUGGGUUUAUCCACGAGGACCACUUGAGAGAGCUGCUGACCACCAUGGGCGAUCGCUUCACAGAUGAAGAGGUGGACGAGCUGUUCCGCGAGGCGCCAAUCGACAAGAAGGGCAACUUCAACUACGCGGAGUUCACUCGCAUCCUCAAACACGGCGCAAAGGACAAGGACGAUGAAUAGAGGGGAAAACGGCUGCUCCUGGCUCCCGCUCACAUGCUGCACCACAGAUUCUCACCGAUCCCUCCCCCUUACAGUGUAUAUUAGAAGUAAAUAAAAUCGGAAUCACUAUAUAAAUGUCCUUAAAUUGUAUUGUACAUUUGAUGGCGAACGUGUCGAUCGAGGAUUUAAUCUAAGGAUCCACAGAUCUUGUUCUGCGAUACACUUCCUGCAGCUCAAACUACAUUAACUGCACUUUGACUGGUAUUUAUAGGCAACUUAGUAAGAUUUUUGUGAUGCAUUGCACACCGCUGUGUUUGUUUAUAUGUGCUGUAGGGACUUUCGGCUUCAGUGCUACACAGCAAUGACUACCCCUUCCUGCCUGCCUUAUAACUACCACAGAAGCUUAAGCACUGCCACGUGGCCCCUUUGUCUGUUGUCUUUGUAUUCUUAUAGGGUUGCAAAAAGUGUUUAUUUGAUUUUGACAAUCAAGCAGUGAGAAUGGCAAAGCGGACGGUUGAGGCUGAUGCUUUGCUUCAUCAGCUGGUUGUAUUGGUUGAAGGAUCAGGUAUGUUUGCUGUAGAAGGAUCUCUGUCAUGAAUCUGCUCAGGCUAAUAAAGUAUACUACAGCUCCUGUAGUAAAUGGACCAUG